GGCCAAUCCCGGGGCAGACAGCUGGUUGCAGGCACGUGGGGGCCCCUUUGCAGGCGAGCUUGCAAAGCGAGUUUCGCCUUCUCGCGGGUUGCAAAGCGGGGCUGCGGCUGGUGCUGCUUGUGGGCCUUCUUCUCUCUGGUCCUUCGGCAGCUGCCCUUUGGAGCCAUGGCGGACGACCAGCCCCUGACGCGGGUCACCUGCACAGCCCCUGUCAACAUCGCUGUGGUCAAAUACUGGGGGAAACGUGAUGAAGACCUGAUCCUGCCGAUUAAUUCUUCCCUCAGUGUCACACUGCACCAAGAUCAGCUCAAAACCACGACGACGGCUGCUGUGAGCCGGGACUUCACAGAGGACCGCCUCUGGCUGAAUGGGAAGGAGAGUGACAUUGAGCAUCCACGCCUCCAGUCAUGCCUGCGGGAGAUCCGCCGCCUGACCAGGAAGCGCUGCAGCGAGAGCAACGGCGAGGGCAACAGCGACCGUCCUCCCCUCAGCCUGACCUACAAAGUCCACAUUGCCUCAGAGAACAACUUCCCCACAGCGGCUGGCCUGGCCUCCUCCGCUGCGGGCUACGCCUGCCUGGUCUACACACUGGCCAAGCUGUAUGGGGUGGAAGGUGAGCUCUCCGAAGUGGCUCGCCAGGGCUCGGGCAGCGCCUGCCGGAGUAUGUUCGGAGGCUUCGUGCAGUGGCUCAUGGGGGAAGAGGCGGAUGGUAAGGACAGCGUUGCCCAGCAGGUAGCGCCGGAGACACACUGGCCAGAGUUGAGGAUCUUGAUCUUGGUGGUGAGCGCAGAGAAAAAACCAGUGGGCAGCACAGCCGGGAUGCAAACCAGCGUGAAGACCAGCCUCCUGCUGAAGCACCGGGCAAAAGCGCUGGUCCCAGAGCGCAUGGCCGAGAUGAUUCGGCACAUCCAGCAGCGCAACUUUGAAGCUUUUGGCAAACUCACCAUGCAGGAGAGCAACCAGUUCCACGCCACCUGCCUGGAUACCUUCCCGCCCCUCUUCUACCUCAACGACACCUCCAAGCAAGUGAUCGCCCUGGUCCAUCGCUUCAACGCCCACUAUGGCAAAACCAAGGUGGCCUACACGUUCGAUGCGGGACCCAACGCAGUCCUCUUCAUGCUGGAGGAGACGGUGGACGAGUUUGUGGAAGUGGUCCGGCGCAGCUUCCCUCCGGCCAACAACGGAGGCCAGUUUGUGAAAGGUUUGCCUGUGGAGGCAGCCACGCCUUCCGAGGAACUGCUGUCCGCGGUGGUGAGGGACCCUGCGCCAGGAGCCCUCCGGGAGUUGCUACUCACCAAGCCGGGCCCGGGACCGAUGCUCGUGGGAGACCCGAGCGCUCACCUGCUGGGCCCCGACGGGCUCCCCCGAAGCUACAGCUGAAGGAAGAGGAACCCACCUCUCGGGGUGCCCAUGAAGCCGGCUGAGGGGGGUGGCGGUGAAUCUCAGAAGCUGUGCUUUCCAGUGGGUGGCCUUGGUGGAGCGGAGGAAACGUCUUCCCUGGGAAUAUUUGGAGCAAUGACGAGCAUCAGUCGGCUUCUUCUUUAUGGGUGGUGAUAGUGAAUGUCUGGUGAUCAGGGACCCCCCCUCUCCUCAGGGUCCCAUGGGAAGAGUGCCAUUAAGCUCUGUGCCUCUUCCUCUCUGACCUGGCAGGAACUGGCAUUUUCUCCUUUCAUUUCGGCACCUAGCUGUUGGGUUUUCCUAGACCAUCAAGUUGCAGGUAGUUCCUGGGGUUCUCCUGCAAAGCAGGCGGGACGGUGCUGACUUUGGUCUGAGACAGCAAGUGGCCCUUGAUGGUCCUCAGAUGAGCUGCAUUUGUCCAGCACUGUGUGAUGGAUCAGCCCUGCGUGAGCGGUUGAGUCAUUACAAGACUCCUCUUGUGUUUUGUGUUUGUAUCUUAUUUUGGGGGCAAUGGGAUGUAGCUCAACCUUUGGACCCUCUGACAUUGUCAGAUCCUAACACUUGGAAACUUUGGCCGGCAGGACUGGUUGGGGGAGGGGGGCGGAUUCUGGGACUUGAAGGCCCAUUGACAUCGGAAGGGCCAAAUACUGAACCACUGACAUUCCAGCAAAACCUCUCUUUCUGGUUUUUCCUUCUGUUCUACCAAAUGUUGCCCUCAAGCUGCUCGUUUGCUUUAAAAAAAUUUAUAUUUGAAGAAGGA